GUGGAGUGUUUAAUAACAGAAGAGGAAGAGGGUGUUAGGCUACCCUAGGCAACGUCAUAAUGAACUUUGCUUAUUUAUUCUCUGAGUGAGACUGGUGGCAACAAUCAAGAAUGGAAGAAGGGAAUUGGGUUCUCUUCCUAACCCUGGCCAUCAGCCUCUGUGUCUCCGGCGCAUUCCAAAUCCAAACCGAAACCUUGCCCCUCCACACCCUCCCUGAGCCACACAUCCUCUCAGAAACCCUCUCAGAACCCCAAGAAACUCUCUCGCUCUCACUUCACCUCCACCUCCACCACAUAGACGCCCUCUCCUCCAACAAAACCCCAGAGCAGCUCUUCCACCUCAGGCUCCAACGCGACGCCAAGAGAGUCGAAGCCCUCCUCAUCCAAAUCCACGCGCGCAGAUCCGCCGGCUCCAGUUUCAGCAGCUCCAUCAUUUCGGGCCUAGCACAAGGCAGCGGCGAGUACUUCACGCGCAUAGGAGUUGGCACACCCGCCAGAUACGUCUACAUGGUUUUAGACACCGGAAGCGACGUUGUUUGGCUCCAAUGCGCCCCUUGCCGCAAAUGUUACACCCAAACCGACCACGUCUUUGACCCCACCAAGUCCCGAACCUACGCCGGAAUCCCCUGUGGGGCCCCUCUCUGCCGCCGCUUAGACUCCCCCGGUUGCAGCAACAAAAACAAGGUUUGCCAAUACCAGGUUUCCUACGGCGACGGCUCCUUCACAUUCGGCGAUUUCUCCACCGAAACGCUCACGUUUCGAAGAAACAGAGUCACGCGCGUCGCGCUUGGCUGUGGCCACGACAAUGAAGGACUUUUCACAGGCGCUGCUGGCCUUUUGGGCCUGGGCCGUGGGAGGUUAUCGUUUCCGGUCCAGACCGGACGCCGUUUCAACCACAAAUUCUCCUACUGCCUCGUCGACCGUUCCGCUUCGGCCAAACCCUCCUCUGUCAUCUUCGGAGAUUCCGCUGUUUCCCGAACCGCGCACUUCACUCCUCUCAUCAAAAACCCUAAGCUUGACACUUUCUACUACCUCGAGCUCCUCGGGAUCAGUGUCGGCGGAGCGCCGGUGCGCGGCCUCUCCGCCUCGCUCUUCCGCCUUGACGCCGCGGGAAACGGCGGCGUCAUCAUCGACUCCGGCACCUCAGUGACCCGCCUCACCCGACCUGCCUACAUUGCCCUCCGGGACGCGUUCCGCAUCGGGGCCUCGCAUCUGAAGCGCGCGCCGGAGUUCUCGCUCUUCGACACGUGUUUCGAUCUGUCCGGGCUCACGGAGGUGAAGGUACCUACGGUGGUGUUGCAUUUCCGAGGUGCUGACGUGUCCUUGCCGGCGACGAAUUACUUGAUUCCGGUGGACAACAGUGGGAGCUUCUGCUUCGCGUUUGCCGGAACUAUGAGUGGUUUGUCCAUAAUUGGUAACAUCCAGCAACAAGGUUUCCGGAUCUCGUAUGAUCUGACGGGUUCGCGGGUCGGGUUUGCACCGAGAGGUUGCGUUUGAGUUUUCUUAGGAAAUGGGAGCAACUCUUUCCCUGCUGUUCUCUAAUUAUGAAUAUCAAUUAUUGUUGCCAUCUCUUUCUUCUUUUGUUUUUUAAUAUUAAAAAACAAGGUUAGAUUAGAGAAGGAGGGGGAGAUCUCAAUCUAGAUCUGAAGGAGAAAACUAGGAUUCAACAAAAGGAGAAUGUUUCUGUUUGUCGCUUGUUGUGUAUUUUAUUUCCCAAUCCAAUCCAAUACAAUACAAGGGGUUAUUCGACGAAUUUAAUCUUUCAA